AUUCAUAUGGAGACAACCAUUCAUUCCCAAAAGCCCAAACCUGAACCUGUAUGUUUAUUUGGUCAUUACUGCAUCUACCUGCUCAGUUUACAUCUUUAAUGUUUCAGUGGUUAGGAUUGGAUAUUAGGCUGCACAGGUGUUUUUUGUAACUGAUUGGCUGAUGAAGGUCCUGCAUCUUUCAACAGUUCCUUUACUGUUUAAUCAUGACCUACUCAAGACACAACUGUUGGUGUACUUUGCACCUUUACAGCACAAUAACAUUGUACUGUAUCAUGGCAGAUAGGUAAACACAGUUCAGGUGGGGCAAGUGAACAGGUUGGAGCCAGUUGAAAGGCGACAGUGCUAACCACUACACCACUGUGAGUCUAGUUGACUUCAAACAGGAUUAAAAAGUCAGCUCUCACACAUGAUGUUGGGAACUGCACUAUCACACAACCUACAGUGAUGGAUAUUUGUCCAAGCUAAAACCUGUCCUGUCAAGACGCUCUCUGUCUUCUCAGACUGUUGAGGGUUAAAAUAUAUCAGCAUUUUAUAGGCUCUGUUUACACUGAUGCAUCUUUUCAGUUGCAAUUGAGUGCCGUGAUAGCUGGUCAAAAAGCAUCUUACUUCAACAAACAGCAGGGUUUUUACAUAAUGUUUAUUACUUCCAUUUGGACAAUACAAUAAAUAAUGCAGUAAAUGUGACAUUGUGCUUACAAAUUAGAAGGUCCCCAGCAGACACAAAUAGAAGAACGAGUGCAGGUGCUUGACUUAAAUGCUAGAUGAUAUACAUUUGACAGAUGUAUGGAGGAAUCUGAACCCAUCAGUGAGAGACUUCAGAUUCUACUCAAAUCCGCAUAACUCCUACUCAUGCAGAGAUUAAUUUUUUGCCCUGCCGCAGAUAACUGGACAAGUAAAAGCAUGUGUAGUGUGGUGAAACAUUGUUAAAGUAUACAAUAAGAAAUGUAAAAUAAUGAAUCUUGCUGCACCUUUGCCUGUCUUUACUGCCCCCCAGCACUAUAAUCUGAUGGGAUUCUAAUGGGACUGGGAACAUGUCAGGGAUUGCAGUCAUUGUAAUAACUGUACAAGUGAUGCUAAUUGUUGGGUUGAUAAAUGGUAAUCUUUUCAGACCCUCCAACCCUUUCAGCAACCCUAUGGGAGAACGACAGCGGGGAGUGAUGGAGAGAAUGGAGGAUGACUAUCAGAUCCCUUCAUCCAACCUCUGCUUGAGCCAGGCUCCCAUCAGCAUCUCUGUACCCAGCAGGCACUCUGAGAACGGCUCUCCAGAGCCCUCCAUUGACGAGAAGCCCCUGGAGCCUGGCGGACACUCUGAGUCGGUCAGGGGGUUGGUCUCACGGGUGGCACAUACGGCCCUCUGUCCCUUCAACACCAGCAAGAUACCUUCUGACUAUGACAUUCUGCUGCCCCCACAAGCAUUAGAAGUCGCUCCGUCCCAGCCUCCUCCUCCACCGGCAAGACACAGCUUCACCGACCUCUCCUCCUCUUCUCCGUCCUCAUCCUGCAACUCCUCCACGUGCUCCUCUUCUGUCAGUGCACGACCACAUAGGCCCCCCUCUGGACACGAGCACUUGCUGUUAACCCCCAGCACAGUGUUUGACAUUCUGAACAAUGCUGCUCCUCUGCCUCCAGUCCGACGACACGCGGAGCAUGAUAAAGGCUCCAGGGGCUGCCUGGAGUACGAUCAUCAAGUAUCAAUGGACUGUUUGCAGGCCCCUGCCAGGCCGCCCAAGCCACUGCCCAGGAAGAUCCCUCCGGAUAUUAAGUCGGGCAAACCCCACAACUUGGAGUCAGACAACGUUGAUGCCAAAAUCGCAAAGCUGAUGGGGGAGGGCUACUCCUUCGAGGACGUGAAGCGGGCGUUGAUGAUCGCCCAGUACAAAGUGGAUGUGGCCAGAAACAUUCUGCGUGAGUUUGCCUUAGUGGCCCCAAGACUAAACCUCCAGACCAAGAGACAGUAAAUGAGAGCACAACAUUGAAGCUGUGCCUCUGAAUGGACCAAUUAAAAUGGACUCUGCUUGGCAUGGAACUGUUGGAACUACAGUAUUCAACAGAAAUAUUUCAAAAGACUUGCCUUUUUGUUGCUGAACAGGGAUGACAAUGGACAACAAAGUGGCUAAAACCAAAUCACAGUAGAACACAGAUAAUCGAAAAAGGGAAAAAAGACCAUCUGUGAAUGAUUUAAACCCGUGAAGAAAAAAAGAACCCGGCUUGGUGUUGUUUACAGUGAGCUUUUUUGUCAGUGCUGGCUUCUAGUUUUUAAAAACUCUAGUGUGUCUUCAGGCCUGGAUUGUGUGCCUGUUGUAAAGCCCUGACCUCCUACUGCUGCUACGGUACCCUGUUCAGAUGUAUGUUGAAGGGCCUUACAAUAGCCUUACACAAUAUCUCCAGCUCUUUUCACCUUACAUGCAGGUUUUAUUUUUUUUUAAGCCGAUGGGUGGAGCCAGACUACACCAGUUAUCUUCUCUUACUCCUUUUGUUACUUUCUUCUUUUCAUAUUUCAUAUUUCAGUUUUACUAACUCCCUCCUCUUCCCAUGUCCAUUGGAGAAUACUUCAGUGUUUGUCAAGGAUCUGGCUGACUUAUCAAGAUCUAGUGAGUUGGGAGCCGUUAGAUGGAGCCAGAGGGUGCCUGAUUGAUUCACUUGUUUCCCCCUGGAGAAAACUACCACAGCUCCAGAGAAGCACUUUUUGUGAGACUUGGUAUCUUUAGACGAGAAGAGUGAUGCAUGGAGAGGGUGAAAGGCUUAGUUUUGCUCUUUUUUCUGUUCCUUGACCAGAGGAUUAAUCACUUUUCUUCAUCUGAGGACUGCAAGCUGAUGAAUGUAUUUGUUCUGCAUGAAUGUGCUAUAUCUUUUGUACAAUUUAUCCUCGCCAAAAGCCAAACGAUUGUGCCUGCAUUUCAGCUCAAGCAUUUAAAUGGCAGAAGUGGACCGGUUGUGUAGAUCAACGAGACAGAUGGUGUCUGUUAGAGCUCCAAAAACAAUGUGCCCGGCAGCCAUCACACUGCAUCCUCCCUGUCUGCUUCAAUUACACAGCCGCCAUAUGGCCACAUGUCCCACAUGUUUGAGGAAUCACUGUCUAAUCUGGAGUGAAAGUUGCCUCUCCCAACAAUUGAAAAUUGUUCCUGAUGUAAAAUUGUAGAAUGAUCAAAGUAAAGACGAACAGAAUACUGUAAAUCAUUCUAAGUAAGAGAUGAGAUUAAGGUCAAAUCUCUCACCAUUUCAUGUAUUGGAUUUGUCCAAAUGCAAAACAAUUUGGUUUUCUUAGCCUUUUUCCUUUAGAGAUGAUGUAGUUUUGCCAUGAAACGGCUUUGUUUACCCAGCUAUUAUUUUUAGAAUCAAAACAACUAUGUCCUUUCUUUAUAUGCAGUCUAAAGUUAAACCCAGUUUGUUAAAACACUAUCUAUCAUAUGAAUGCUCCUAUUCCUUUCCCAUCUUCUAUCUAGCGAUAUUGCUGGGUUUCCAGAUCUCAGCAAUUUGGAGAGUUCAAUGUUUUUUUGCAGAUAAAAAACAAAAUUAUCCUGGUUAAAUCUGACAUAAAGAUUGCUUCCUGUAGAAGUUUAAAUGUGUAGAUUGAUGGCUGCUUCAGUCCCCUUAGUAGUAUUUGCUUCCAUAAAAGUUACAUAAUCGAUGCUACUUCCUAAGCAUGUGUUUGAACAGCAUAGUCAGUCGAAGAUCCCGCUUUUUUAUUUCCAAGCUAUACCCCGGGACGAGCCGUAUGAACACACAGAUGCAUGGCAUUGAAUAUUUUCACCUCCAGGCUCUCUAUACUCAUUCAUGGCUAUCAACAUGUAUUUCAAAUGAUAUAUUAUAGUUUUCUCCCAGGAGGAGCUUAAACAUGUUAUUGGGUUAAGGUCUCCUCACUACGCAGGUAUCACAGUGUCUGCAAACAUUUCAGUGUUGCUGGAAAUGAGAAGAAUCACUUGGAACAUCCUGAUAAAAUAGCAGGAGGAUAGAGCUCCAUGACUUUUAUUUUUACUUCCACAUAUAUUCAUAAUGAGGGAGUGAAACCAAACGUGAAAGCACUUUCCGUACUUCUGUGGUGUUUUUGUGUGUUGGAAUAAGUCACCGACCAGGUGGCCAAAAGGUUGCUGCAUGAUCCACCAUGGGAAUAACACGCAUGGUAAUGGAGACUAAAUAUCCAUGUGCUCAUAAAGUCUACAAUCUGAGAGGCACACCAUUGAUGAUGUAUUGCUUCAACUGCCAUCCUUUCCUUCCUUGAGCAGUACUAUAAAAGGGAACCCUCCAGUGAACAUAUGAUAAUCUCAUGGCUUCAAUUAGUGAUAAUAGCAACGCUGUGUGCAAAGACAGUCUGAGAACCGAGUCUCUAAUUUCUGUUAUCCUGGACAGUGCCGACACAGAUUCCCAAAAAUGUUUUUACCCCAUACAGCAAAGCCAUAACAAUAUGUCAGCUAAACAAAACAGAAACAAAAACAUGAAAUUAAGCCCUUGGAUAAAGCCAAGUCAUCUGCUCCCCUAAUCACCAUGGUUACAUGGUGAACAAAUAUUAAAGCAUUUAGGUUUUUUUUGUGCUGAACCAGAAAAUCCUCAGAAUGAAAUCUGAAAGACUGCUCUCCUUUUCCAACUCACAUCUUAGAUAAUUAGAGUAUAGUUAAUGUUACAGAUUAGUCAAUGAUUUAACCCUUGUCUGGUUUAUCUUCAGUAGAACGAGCCACAUCACGUUCUGACAUCAAAUUCAGUGGCUUUUUUCCUUUAACUUGAGGCUUAAUUUUCUCAGGCUUGAACUACUCAGUUUGGAGUUUCUUCUGAAGGGGGAAAGUGGCCUUAGGUUGCAAAGUAAGCAGUUUUUAUUUUCUAAUGCCAUUUUCGUAUUAAAGUGCUUUGGUGACAACAACAUGAUAUAAGAAUAUGUAAAGCAUAAUUUUGCAAUUAAUUUAUACAUUAUUAAUAUUUCUUUUUGAUAUAUUAUUUUCAUGGAUAAAUAAAUAAAAAGUCAUAAUUUC